CUGCAGUUUCAUCUGUCUUAUGCUCUUGUUCUGAGCCGUUUUCAUGUUAAUUGUAACACUUUUUAAUAGCAGUUUGGCACGUUGAGGUACUUGCGUUGUCCAUGGUGCUGAAAUGCAGCUGCGGCUCCACAUGAAAAACUUUCUUCACUUCAUUCCGUCGCCAAUCAGACUGUUUUUUCUCUUGUAAAAGCCUGCAAUCUGGCUUUUUAAAAGUUUAAAUGGGGGAAAAAGUUAAAUUUUAGUCCAUCGUAGCCUACCGCUUUUCAAUUUUUUUUUAAUUCGUUUUCUGUUUAAACAGAAGCGAUUGCAGCCAGGUGCAUUGUUUUUUUAUUAUCACUAAUUAACAACACAACUAAGCAUUAAUCAAUCAACUGUUUAAAAAAAAAUAACACCCCCACUUUUUUUAGAGUCUAGAGGCUUUUCCGGUUGCUUUCCCGCCCCCCUCAAAGCUGAAUUUCAGGGAGUCAUUUGUAUUUCUGCCGACCCGGGUCCGCUCACUGCUGUAACGCCGGUGAUCUUGCAUGCCUGCCGGGGAGAGCGGAGCUACCGAGAGACCCGCAGCAGCUUGUCUAUUGCCCAUAAAAAUCACUGGAUGUGUGGGGCUGAAUGACAUGAGGGGGAAAUGGGGCGUAAAAUUAAAGAAUCUUGCAGAAAGCGAGAACUGGAAAAGCAAAGCAACCCCCUCCCUCCAACACACUCACUCUCUCACACACACACACACCAACACACUCGGUAGGCUGUGAGCUGAAACUAUAGAGCAGCCAGAGCCAGAACAUGCUGCAGAAAAACGUUGCAGAAAGAGAAUUGAGCAUUUUUAGUCCCAAAGCAGAAAUGGGCUGCAGGAGCCUCACAGCUUCACGCUUUCUGCCGUUCUGCUGCCUUUUGUCUUGCUGAUCUGUCACUCAUGUUUCAGGAUUUCUCUGACCAGAGAGACAUGGCCAAACAGCCGGCCAGCGCUCCUACCGGCUACAUCCCCGCGCAGCAGCCCGACGGAGCUGCGGGACUUACAACAAACAAACCGGACAACACGGCUGCGUGCCCGGCGCCCGCCCCUCACCAUCACCCGGCGCCUCAGCCGCCGCCUCCGAGCAACGAGAGCAAAACUUUUUGUCCCACGGAAAAUAAACCGGGAGAACUGGAAACCAGUAAAGCGUAUGGGACGUUUAAAAGCACCCCUCCGGCGGUCCCUGGAUCCGUGGCCGUCAAUUCGGCCUUCAGGAAGGAUUCCUCAGGUUCGGCCCGCGGGGGGUCCACCCAGUAUGGAGACCCGCUCCGGGCCACCGCUGAGCAGAACAACACCGCGGGCAACUGGACGGCUAUGAGCCAGACCACCAUCAUACUGGGAACAGAUGGAAACACGUCUGUUCAGCCCGGCACCGUGACGGGGGCUGACGAUGAUGACGAGGAGGGAGAUGAGAAUAAGGCCAGAGGAAACUGGUCCAAUAAAUUGGAUUUUAUUCUGUCCAUGGUUGGCUAUGCGGUGGGACUGGGGAACGUGUGGAGGUUCCCUUAUCUUGCCUUCCAAAAUGGUGGAGGAGCUUUUUUGAUCCCCUACCUGACAAUGUUGGGCAUUGCCGGGAUCCCAAUCUUUUUGCUGGAGGUGUCCCUGGGCCAGUUUGCCAGCCAGGGGCCCGUGUCGGUGUGGAAAUGCAUCCCAGCUCUGCAAGGUUGCGGGAUUGCCAUGUUGAUAAUAUCUGUCUUGAUAGCCAUAUACUAUAAUAUUAUAAUGUGCUGGACACUGUACUACCUGUUCGCUUCGUUGAAGGGCUCACUGCCAUGGGCUAACUGUAGGAAUGAGUGGAACACGGUGGAAUGUAAGGACAAAGACAUGCUGCUGUUAGACUCGUGCAUCCUGCGGGACAGAAACAUCACCUCCAUCAAGAACUCCACUUUCUGUCUGUCCGCCAACACUGUGGGAAACCUGACGAAACUGAUAAACAUGACUGUGGACAGCAACAAGACCUACGUCAGCCCCAGCGAGGAGUACUUCAAGUACAAUGUGUUGCACAUCUCUAAAGGAAUUGAAUAUCCAGGAGACAUCCGCUGGCCUCUGGCAGGCUGUCUUCUCCUGGCCUGGCUCAUCGUCUACGCCUCUUUAGCCAAAGGAAUCAAGUCAUCAGGAAAGGUGGUUUAUUUCACAGCCACAUUUCCCUAUGUGGUGCUUGUCAUCCUGCUGAUCAGAGGAGUGACCCUCCCCGGUGCCUUUGACGGCAUCCUCUACUUUAUCACACCAAAGUGGGAGAAACUGAAUGAUGCAAAGGUGUGGAAAGACGCAGCCACUCAGAUCUUCUUCUCUCUGUCGGCUGCUUGGGGAGGCCUCAUCACUCUCUCUUCCUACAAUAAGUUCCACAAUAACUGCUACAGGGAUACUAUUAUUGUGACAUGUACAAACAGUGCCACCAGUAUAUUUGCUGGGUUUGUCAUCUUCUCGGUCAUUGGUUUUAUGGCACAUGAGUUGAAAGUGCCGAUAGAGAAGGUGGCAGAUGAAGGUCCAGGCAUUGCGUUCGUGGUGUAUCCAGAGGCUCUGACCAGACUUCCCCUGUCUCCUUUCUGGGCGAUCAUCUUCUUCCUCAUGCUCCUGACUCUUGGCCUGGAUACCAUGUUUGCCACCAUUGAGACCAUCGUAACCUCUGUGUCAGACGAGUUCCCCAAAUACUUAAGGAAACACAAACCGCUCUUCACCCUGGUCUGCUGCAUCUGUUUCUUCAUCCUGGGAUUUCCCAUGAUCACAGAGAGUGGGAUGUUCAUGCUGCAGUUGGUGGACACAUUCGCAGCCUCCUACUCUUUGGUCAUCAUUGCUAUCUUCGAGCUGGUGGGGAUUUCCUACCUCUAUGGUCUGCAGAGGUUUUGCGAGGACAUUGAAAUGAUGAUUGGUUUCCAGCCAAACCGAUUCUGGAGAAUCUGCUGGGCCUUUGUGACUCCAACAAUUCUGACGGGCAUCCUGGGACUAAGUCUGUACCAGUGGAAGGUGAUGACGUAUGAGGACUACACCUACCCCACUUGGUCUAUGGUUAUGGGCUGGCUCAUGGUCAUCUGCUCCGUCAUCUGGAUCCCCAUCAUGUUCGUCAUUAAAAUGUACCUCGCCCCCGGCACCUUCAUUGAGCGUCUGAAGCUGGUCUGCUCCCCUCAGCCUGACUGGGGUCCUUUCCUGAUGAAGCACCGUGGAGAACGCUACAAGAACAUGAUGGACCCUCUGGGAACCAACUCCCUGGGCCUCAAACUGCCCCCCAAGGACUUCCAGCUCGGCUCCUACCAGUAGCAGCCGCCCUGGCAGCACCGCACACACCACCUCCAACCCCUGCAGGGGGGCACCGGGAGGGGGGCGACCUCCACCUCUUCUUCUCCCUUUCACCUCUCUCUCUUUCUGCUGUCUGUACUUCACCCUCUUUGCUCCCUGUCUUCCUUCCUGUAUCGUGGAUGUGGAAACAGUCUCCCUUUCCUCUUCCUUCUCUUCUUCUUUACCAUGUCCUCUCUUCUGUCAGGGAGGAGUGGCUGCCCAGGUGGAGUCUACUCCACUGCUGCUUUGUACUCGGUUAAUGGGCUAUCAUUGCCUCCCACACAUGACCACUGAUUACUCCAGAACCCUUCCCAGGGAUCUUUAUUCCAAGAGAAAAAUUGUGUCAUAAAAUGACACAGCUCAGACUGCACUUGCAAUAUUAGACUCACUGUAGCUGCUCCCUAUGGAGUCAUGUGUGUAUGUUUGUGUGUGUGUGUGUGCCAUCAUAUUUGUGUGUAGAGAUAAUGAAUCAUCUUGGUGCAAGCAGACACAGGGAAACAAAAAGAAAAUUGAGCGACAGAGAAACAACAGUUCAACAAGCUCGACGGGGAUCUGUGUUUUGUUCCAUCUGUGUACAAAAUUCCAUCGGCAAUACAAAUAAUAUCAACUGCCUUGAGAAAAAAAAAUAAAAUAAACACAGUAUGCACUGUUUCACAUUUUGUUCCUAUCCAGCAGUAUAGAUGUAUAUUCACACUAGCUAUUGCUCAGUUGCUCUUGCUUUGUUAAAAAUAGAUUACAAGAUCUGCAAUUUGUGCCUCCUACGUCCCAGUAGAGUAGCGAAUGCAUCCUGAUUACCACUUUAAGUAGAUACACUUUGGCCUGGAUGACUCUGCAGUAUGAUAGAAGCUUGGGUCUAUUUUUCUCUCUGAAUCUGAGGGACCAUUUGUGAUACCCUCUCUCUUUGACUAUUUAUUAAGACGUAUUCCUGUUCUCCUCUAUUGUAUUAUCCUAGAAUGUAAAGUAGCACAUUCCUAACGUAGGAAACCACUAGAGUAGUCUAUCCUUCCUUUAGUAGGUGAUAAUGUGGCCAUUUAACCUUUUCAAGUCUCGACAGUCACUCUGUGCAUAUAUUUUAGACAGUGUAUUUAUCGCUGUAUGUGUUGUGAACUUGUCAAGCCAUCUGUGAAAACCAUCUUUACAAUGUAAAUCACAUCAGCAGAGUAACAGUAUGAAAUAUAUAUAUAUAUAUAUAUAUAUAUAUAUAUAUAUAUAUAUAUAUAUACACACACACACACAUACAUACAUAUACAGUAAUAUGUAUAGCCUCCAGCAGAGGAGAGAGCUGGCAAGACAGAUUGAGAAUGUGUGUGUGUGUGUGUUCAUGUCUCUGAACCCCAUGUUUCCUCUUGCUAGCUGUGUAAUAUCUUGUACAAAGUGUACACUUCUUUAAAAAAAAUCUUCCAGUAGUAAGUGUGUGUGUGUGUUGUCGCGUCCUCACAAUGUUAGGAGCAGCUGCUAUGUGUGAGUAGAUGAAGAUUAGACUAGAAAAUGGCCUCCUUCUUUCCUGGAAGUGUACUUUGUCUCUUGUUGUUUGUGGUAGACCUCCAGAGACCUCUUUGCCAUUUCAGACUUAUGCCUCUUGCUUCUCUGUGUGUCCUCGUGAAAACAGGGUCUCAGGUAUACUCAAUUCCAUCAGACUACUCCAGUAGCUGUAGGAAUAAUAGCAUUCAGUGCAUAGGAAACAGAGAAUAGAGCCAUCCUAAUGAUAAACUAUAUUGGAAGCUGUCUGGAAGUGUGUGGCAAAGGAUCAGAAUCAAAAUACUUCCUGAUGACCUCAAUGCAGUAUAACUUUUCACUGCUUUAUGCUUGCUGUUGCUUAAAUGCGCCUUGUGAUGAUUAUACAGGACAUACGAGUGACUUAACCUGUUUUGACCAACUGUGUGCAGUGCUAAAUCAAGCAUCUUGCUUUGCUUUUCAUUAUGUUUAUAACAAAGUAAGACGGAAAACAAUAAUUAGUUAAGUUUAAUUAAAAAUAUAUAUAAUUUCGAAUACCUUGUAAUCAACUUGAAAUUUAAUUGGCUCUUUAGCCAGUUUGUUGACCCUCAACACACUGAUCAGUUUUAUUUGCAUAUGCAGAAAAUUAAACUCUUUAAGCGACUUUCGCCUUGCUCACACUGUGGUCCAUCAGAAGCAGUCAAAUCACUGUAAUAUAGAACAUGUAUCCCUUUACGUUGUGCUGUUAAGACAUCAGCAGUAAAAAAUGUGCUACUAUAAGAGUGUUUCUCUUAAAAGGCGUAAAAGUCAUCGCCAGAUGUAACACCACAGCAGCCUGAAGGAACAGUCAGUUGCAGAUCAGCAGGCGUCCAAUUGGCUUUGCAGCCUCUUUAAAUGUGAAAUGAUAGGCAGCCAACAUUUAGUUCAUGUGCUGCCAACCAAUUACCAAAAAGUAACACCAUGUAUCCACUCAGAAGCAAAUUAGUCCUUUCCAUGCCUUGACCAGUUGGAUAUGCAUUUUCAUGUUGACACAAGUCCUGAUUGGUUUUAUUAUGCUUUUAUCACUGCAGGUGUUUACUUGUUGAGUGGCUUAAGUGUUUUAAAUGGAGGCUGCAGGUAUGGAUACAAUAACAGUUUCUCAGAGGUUUAAGGGUCUCCCUAACUAUUUCUUUAAGCCAUGUCUUUUCAUAAUCUUCACAUAAAAAUAGCAUAGAUAUGAUUUAAGAGGUUGUACGGUUUGAAAACAAAACAUAAUCAAUUAAUCAGCACAAAAGCCCUGUUGUUAAAUAACUUGCUUGCUCCACAGUGUUGCUUUUGUUAAGACUUAGUGCAUUUGGCUCUAUUUGUUCAAACAUAAUAAUAAUGUAUGUCUGUGUAUGCUUGUGUGUGUACUUGUCCGUGUAGUUUUAUUGAACGCCACUUAACUGUCAAUCCAGUGUUUGCAUGGCCAGUCUCAGAGUAGAUAGCUGAAAAAAGCAGAGGAGAUUUACAGGACUCUUUUUUCCUAGGAUGCCUCGGCCUGAUGCUCCUCUUUCUCUUCUCUGAUGCACAAUUAGACCACUAAUUGUGAACUUGAGCUGGGUAAAACAAACCUUUAAAACUGGUUUUCCCCAGAAAAUUCAAUCCUAUGGCAACCGCUCACUUGAGAGCAGGGGUGGCCGAAGAAGCAGGUUGGCAUUUUAAAUCAUGUGUUGGAUGUAGUGGACAGUAUGCUCUUUGUAGUAGGACUUGAAUGAUAAAAGCCUUUUAUGCCCUGAGAUAGAUUGUAAUUAUUUCCUUUAGGGCCACAGCUAACUAACUAUAAGUUUGUGCUUUGUGUCUCUCUGCUUCCAUUUCUACUGGGCUUCUCUGCAUUUGUUUUGAGAAAAAAUUGGCUUAGCGUUCAGUUAAAACCACAUUGCUUCAUAAAAUAUAACACUGAAGAGCUUGCAUGUGCAGUUUGUGUUGCUGUAACUCAAUGUCCAUGUAUAGUAAUCCUUGUCUUUCUCUCUCUCAAUAGUAUAAGUCUGUGCAUGUUUACUUUAGGGAGCUUUUUGUUCUACAUAAUGUUAAGAAACAGAGGGUUGCUGUUGUUGUUCUUACAAGAGAAGGAAAAAGAAAAAACCCAGAAAAAGUAACUGUCAAUUUGCUUUGCCUGCAAGUCAACUUUGGGCAGUAUAGGUAACCAAAGAAAGAUUACUUUAACUAGGGUUGUAGUGAAAACAAACUUUAGAAGAAAAAAGGAAUGUGUCAUCUGCAUAAAGGAGGUUGAGAUACUGCCAUUCAUAUCCCAUGUAGUGUUCCUCGAUGUUUGCCAAUACGUUACAAAACAUCUUCAGGUAACCAUUGGCCUUAUAGAUGUCCUCUAAUGGUAUAUUAUUGUAUGUAUUUCAAAAAUAACACCACAAAAUAGCUUAUCGUCUGUCAUAUGGUACCAGUAUUCCUAUUGUUACGUCUGUUGUGUCUUUUUGGCACUUUAUUGUCUGACCUAUGAAUGCAUAGGUUAAAUUUCUAAUUACUUGAGUAAUGUCAUAUAUUUCUGUGUGUUCUAUGUGAGGUACUGCUGCCUAUGGAUAUAGAUAUGUGCCUCCAACAGCCCAUGACAUCAUUUGAUUUGAAAAUAGAGAGUAGAUAUAUAACAAAUAUGUUUUAAAAUCAGUGUAAGAUGUAAAAAAAGAAAAUAUAUAUCAUAUAUGUGAAAUGCAUUUAUUUAUUUUCAAUGUCACCAAUCUUUGAGGCCCUACCUCAGAUUUUGUAUUUAUGUAUAGAAAUGCAAUUGGAUUAUAGUAUCUUUGCCAAUAAUAAUAUAUCGCUAUUAUAUCAUGAAAUGUAUAACCUAUGAAUCAAUAAAUAAAUGUUAUUGUUUUC